AUGAAUCAAUAAAUAACUCAGGAUCCAUUUCAAAAUUACUUAAAUUAGUUUAACCAAUAGAACAACAAUACUAGAAUAGUGAUUAAGGAACAGACAUCAUAAAAUAAUUAGGUUUAACAAGACCGCGGAGGUUUGUCAAAUCUGACAGCUUAUUAAAAAGUAUUCAAGACAGCAGAAGAUGGUACAGUUACCUGUAAUUACGAAGAUGUAGUUUAUAAUUAUAUAAUCAAGGUAAAAAAGUACAUGUAGAGUGAAACUCGUACAGAGAUCAUCCCUAAAACUAAUACUGGCAUCAAGCGCAUAGUAGAAAUUGAGCAUAAAAUGUGAAAUAUAUAUAAUUAUA